AUAUGAAUAAAGUUAUUCAACAACGGCGAUUGAUCGGCGAAGUGUUUCCCGUUUUCACCGAAAAGAAAUAUGAGGACGACCACGAUCAGCCGUCUGAUCAGGUUCAACCUUCAUAUUUACGGUAUAUGGCCACACGCGUCGAACGUUGUGGUCAGAUUGUAUUGGAUUAUAAUGUUGAGCACGGCCCAAGUCUUUCAGUACCGAUACGUAGUGGUAAACAUUCAUAUGGACGACUUCCCCGAGUAUAUAGAUGCAGUGAGCAGUGCGAUGGCGUCGUCUUUAUUGUAUAUUAAGCUCGUUAUCUUUUGGACCCAUGAACGAAUAUUUCUCGAUCUAAUACAAAUGAUGUCUGUGGACUGGCAAGAUUACACCUCGAACCCCAAUAGCUUGCGCAUAAUGACAAACGGGGCGAAUGUUGCACGUCGUGCCUCAAGGUGGAUCGUUGGCUUUCAAAUAGUUUCUGUAAUUUCAUACACUGCCGGUGUUAUCGCCACUAACGCAAGUCCCGAGAGAUCAGAGCCGUACAAGAAAGAUCUUAUUCUAAAGAUGGAGCUGCCAUUCAACAUUAGCACAAACUUUCUUUACACGACAGUUCAAACUGUUCAAUGUUAUCAUCUGUUUUUAGUCGCCUGCGGCAUUACGACCACCAAUUCACUUCUCGUUACUCUGGUAAUUCACAUUUGUGGCCAAAUCGACAUUUUUCGAGAAAAGUUGACAAACAUCUUCUCCAAAUAUUCGGCUUAUUCGGACGAAACUACACUGCGAACGUUGAUUCUGAAGCAUCAGCGUAUUAUUUUAUUUGCGGAAAAUAUCGACACUCUUUAUACGUUCAUCUCAUUAAUGAUGCUCUUAUCUGACACCAUUAUCAUAUGCUGCUUAGGAUUUAUUAUCGCCACCUCGCUCAACACACCCAAUGCUGCAGCGAUUUUGAUAAAGUGCGUGAUGUUCUACAUCUCGAUAAAUUUCGAGACAUUCAUAUACUGUUUCUCCGGGGAAUAUCUGAGCGCCAAGAGCAAAAUGAUUGGUAGUGCGGCAUACGAUUCUCUCUGGUACAAUUUUCCACCUAAAGAAAGUCAAAAUAUAUUAUUCCUCAUCAUGAGAUCGCAGAAAAGAUUGACAAUCACAAGUGGAAAAAUCGUCGACCUUUCGUUGGAGCGAUUUACCAGUGUAGUCAAGGCAUCGUUGUCUUAUAUAUCAGUACUGUUGGCAAUGUACUGAAAAUAGACGAUGUACUGAUGGUUACAAUAACAUGUAGCAAUAGUAAGUAGAAAGUAGAAUUUAGUAACAACAACUAAAUAAAUAUUUAAAAUACGAAACAUUUGGACACUAACACCCUGUAAUGGCUCGUAAUGCUUUGUUCCUCCAAAUUUGUGUUUAUCACAUUUGAGCCAUGGGAAUUUUAUUAAUUUG